ACUCGUUAUUAAAAAAAAUAAGGGUGACACUCACAGAAGUGCGUAUGACGAAAACUCAAUUUCCCACCGUAAAAAAGAGUUCUUGGCAGGUUUAUGGAAACCCGUCACGGUUUGCACCGGAGUGUGCCGAUUUGGUUUGGUUUGUAUUUAAACCGCAGGUCCUGGUCGAAUGGGUAUGAUUGAGCGAUCAGCUUCCAAGUCAAACGGUACCUGAGGAUUAGUACGAGCUUAGCAGCAACCUUAGAAAUGGCAUUCAAAUUCAUCGCCUUGACCACCCUUCUGGCGGCCAUCUCCGUUGGAGCCCUUCCCCAGCACGGACACGCAUCAUCGUAUCAGAGCAUCCAGCUGCACACGGCUCAGCAUCACGUGGCUCCGGUGCAUCACGUGGCCGCUGUCCAUGCCCUUCCGGUUCAUCAUGCCAUCGUGAAGGGAGUCGAGCAUCACGCCCCUGCCAACUACGAGUUCGCGUACUCCGUGCACGAUGGUCACACCGGAGACAUCAAGAGUCAACACGAGUCCCGCCACGGAGAUGAGGUCCAUGGCCAGUACAGUCUGCUGGACGCCGAUGGCCACCAGCGUAUCGUUGAUUACCAUGCCGAUCACCACAACGGAUUCACCGCCACGGUCCGUCGGGAACCGACCGGUGUGAAGAUCGCUCAGCCGGUGGCCAAGGUCAUUGCACAGCCCAUCCAUGCCUAUGCGCACCACGUGGCCGCUCCGAUUGUCCAGGCCACGCACCAUUAUGCUCCAGUUGCUUACCACAGUGCUCCGCUGGCGUACCAUGGUGGUCAUGGUGGACAUGCCACCAGCCAUAUCAGUGUGCAGCAUUAUUAGAGCAAUAGUUUCCUGUUUUCCAGUUGGGACCUGAUGGAUUUACAAGCAAGUGUGUGAUUGAUGCAGAAAAUGAAGUUCCCUGUUGCGGUGGAUAUAACUUACAGCUAAUACUCAAGCAUCUUUUAAGCAUCUGAUUUUCUUUAAAGAAACUUAAAAUGUAUAUAAUAUAAAUAAAUAAAAAUAUAAGAUGAU